AUGUUCCGAAGUGUAUUAAACAAAUUUUAUUAUAAUAACUUAUCGUGUGGAUUACACACUACAGCAUGUUUGAACGAAGUGCAACUGUUGACACGGCUAAGGGUUGUGGAUAAUUCAGAAAUUGGCAAACGAGCCAUGGCAGAAGGAAAACCACCGAAAGUUAUUUGCGUCUACAACAAAAAGCGAAUUGGUUAUAUUGGAGAUAGAGUACUUGUGGCAAUUAAAGGACAGAAGAAAAAGGGUAUUCUUGUGGGAUUGAAGCAGAUUCAAAAUGUUAAAGUACCCAAAUUUGAUAGUAACAAUGUGGUACUAAUAGAUGACAAUGGAACACCAUUAGGCACUCGCAUCCAUGUUCCCAUACCCACUAUCCUGCGCACCAUUCUCAAGGAAAGGACUCAUGCUAAAGGAGCUGACUAUACCAAGCUGCUGUCAAUAGCAACCAAAUUUGUUUAG